CUUCAGUUCUUCCCCCUUCUCAUCUUAACCUCAGUUGCAGCAGCAGAAGCUCUAAUGCUCUAUCCUAUACAAACCACUACAAAGAAAAGGCAAGAAGAGGGCAAAACAAGAUAUGGGUCACCAUUCUUGCUGUAACCAGCAGAAGGUUAAGAGGGGUCUCUGGUCUCCUGAAGAAGAUGAAAAGCUGGUUCGGUAUAUAACCAUCCAUGGCUAUGGUUGUUGGAGUGAAGUCCCUGAGAAAGCAGGGCUUCAAAGAUGUGGUAAAAGCUGUCGGUUGAGAUGGAUCAACUAUUUGAGGCCAGACAUCAGGAGAGGCAGGUUUAGCCCAGAGGAAGAGAAGCUUAUUAUAAGCCUUCAUGGUGUUGUAGGAAACAGGUGGGCUCACAUUGCAAGUCACUUGCCAGGGAGAACAGACAAUGAAAUAAAGAACUACUGGAAUUCAUGGAUUAAGAAGAAAAUAAGGAAGCCAUCAACAAACCCAGUAGCAGGCAUGACAACAUUUGCAGCACCGAUUAAUGCAGGUCUAACGCAGCAAUCGGGUUACGAUUCAUCAAAUCAACUCAACUUGGUGAAUCAAGAACUAAUGACAAAGCAGGCACCAAUUCAAGAAACCCUAUUUUCUUCUCAAUGCCCACUUUUCAUGUUUGACAUUAAUUUGAUGGAUGGGUUCUCUAGUAGUACUAGUAGUAGCAAUAAUACAGCACAACCAGAGCUAUUCCAUGAAACAUUUGCUACUCUUCCUCCUCAUCUUCCUCCACCUCCACCUCCUUCAACAUUUACAGCUCCUAACAUGUACUCAAGUUAUUUACCAACUUUGGAGAAUGUGGAAGCCAUGGUUCCUAUGGAGGUUCAAGCAUGUGGUAUGGAAGAAGAUGGAGAGUUGGGCUUGGAUUGCUUACAGAGACAGGACUUGAGUGAAUGGAUUGAGUCUCACUCAUGCCCAAGCUUUCUAAUUUGGGAUCAACCCAUUGAGCCACAGAUGUGUGGGGAAGGAAUUGCACAAGCUUCUUCAAAUGCUGCAGCUAUGCUAUCUUCCUACCCCUCUCCAUUUUAAGGUUAUGAGGUAGCUAGUGUGUUUUUAUUUAUCAAUUCUCACUCUCUCUCUCAUAUUCAUUUUCAUAGUGGACUAUAAAUGAGUGGUGAUUUAAAGGGUUUGUUUACCAUAUGUGUGUGGUUGGAAGAGAUAUGAAAUGUGGAGAAUGUAAUGAAAGCAAGCACGCAAUGUUUGAUGGAGUUUGGAAACAGAAGGGUGAGGAAAUAAAUGGGUCAAGCAAGCCCAACAAGUGAUGAUUUCAAAUUUG